AUGCACCUCGCAAUACCACUCUCUCUCCUCCUCAUUCUCACCGCAGCAACACCCAGCCCGGCCCCGGCCCCGGACGACGACGACGACACUGUCUGCCCCGAGGGCACGAUCGCCUGCGGCCCAGUCUGCGUCCGCGACAACCAGCGCUGCUGCAACGACCCCUUCACCGCCGACUUCUGGUCAUGCGAGAGCGCCCAGUCGUGCGGCCCGUCAAGGAAGGAGGGCUGCCGCAACCCGGCAAACCAGCACCCUUCCCCUCCUACUUCCCCGUCGCCGUCCCCAUCCCCGCCGCCCGGACCGCCGACCAUCACGGUGUCGUCCACCACGACGCGGACGCGGACGGUUCACACGCAGCUGACGCCGACGGACGCGGACCAGCAACCGCCGACGUGCUUUUUCGACGUGCCGCUCGCGAGGCGGGCGCCCUCGGAUGGGAACCAGGUGCCCUGCCCCACGUCGCUCGUGUCCUCGCUCGACACCCCGGCCGGGGUCCCCACCGAGACCGGGGCGGCCGCCGCCGUCCCACACCGGCGGUGGGAUGUCGCGGCGCUUGCUGCCGCCGUUGCGUUGCUGGUUUAG